ACCUUGUCCGUAUUUACUAACCGGUUUGUUUACAUUUUUCCAUAUUAUCUUUUAUUUUAAUUUUAAAUGUCGCACAACGCAAAAUAGUGAAUAUUAUCACAAUAGACUUUAAAAAUUCAAACAAAAUACGUAUUUUUACGGUGAUAAGGUUGAUCGGCGUCUUGAUUUCCCCCUAGGGAGCAAAUAAUACGUGCGAAGACUUAUGGAGAACGAAAAAGUGAAAAGGAGCCCCACAUUUCAUCAAUCAUUUAUUAAUCCACUUUAAUCCAAUAGAAAUAAAAUGGGCGUAAUUGCAACCAGUUUUUUUUGGAUAGCUUUAGUUGCUCAAUUAAGUCAGAUUUAUGCUAAGGACACUUGUGCCAAUCAGGUUCUCACAGGCCCAACCGAUGAUGACCCAAACAUACAUUCGAAGCCACUCAACUCAAAAGAGUGCCAAAAAAUCACUUUUAGAGGCAGCGAUAAGCUUAAUACCAACCUGGGGUCGCUUCGACUAAAGGCCUUUAUUAAUACAGACAAUACAUACUCUUUAAGCAUAUCUUUUGCGGAUAUCAAAUGGAAAAGGGCAUACCUUUGGCUGUCUCAAGACCCAAACGAAGACUCUAGCAUCUGUAGAUCCUACUCCAUUGACAAUCCCGGGCAAUCUAAUAGUUUUACAACAUGUUUUAACUUGGAGUCAUCCAAUACCACUGAAUCAAAUUACAUUUUGGAUUUCUGGGCAGAGCUAAAUGCAGAUAGUUUUUAUAAAACCCUUGUGUUCAGACUACCUGCAAUUGAAACUUUUGGCAAUCAACUGUCCCUACCUCAAAGAUCAAUCUUCUCCAGUAUAGACUCUACUAGCAACUAUGAAAUAGUGCAAAAAAUCCAAACUUUACCUUCCACCUAUAAUGUGACGUACUAUAAAGUGGAGGUGUUCAAAGAAAAAGACAAUAAAGAGAUUUUACUGGACGUACGAAUGUUAAAACCCCAAGACGGUGACGAGUUGGCUUUCGAGUAUAUCACUUACAAUGAGGAGGGUUACUACUAUUUUAAAGUGAGUGCCAUCAGUGAGUCUUGCGGUGAGGAUCAGUGUCUCAAGAGUAUCACACCAAGAAUAUACAUAAAAAGGAAAUACCCCCCAUUGGUUAUAGGAAUAGUCGGGGCAAGUUUUCUUAUCCCUUGUGUGCUUUUUGUGCUUCACUUGCGCAGCAGACAUAAACAGAAAGAAGAAGAAAAAUCUGAACAAAAAGACUUGGUUUAUCUAGUCUACAGCCAGACCCCGGAAAAGCAUUAUGCCAUAGUAAAAACCUUAGAAAAGGCUCUAAAAACUUUGGGAGAAGUGCAAAUAAGCCCAAAAGUAACCGAGGCCAGCCAUAUAUUGUACAUAUGCGGUACGCACAUCUUCGAACCAGACCCUAUUACCCACAAAUAUCUCGUUAUAGAAGCCAACAAAGCGAUAUCCAAGGUGGAAAUCCUCAUCAUACAAUUUCCAUACUCCACAAAGGAAAUCCCUCCGUAUUUAAGGCGGUGCCUACGGUUUAACCUGAUGGAGGACUUCAGCAAGUUUAUCCAUUUGUUCAACUGUGAGGCCCAACUGGAAAAUAACCUGCAGUAUGAAGAGUUAAAAGGCAAAGUGCAGGAGGCCCAACUAAGAAACGAACCCAAGAAGAUUAUUCUUAAUAUGCCGAUUAUUAUUGUUACCGAGCAGUCUGAUAGCGAUAGUGAGGCCAGGGAGGCCGAUGGUUUGUUGAGCUGCAUGUAAGGAGAAAUGGAAAAAUUUAAGAUCUGCUUAUACCCGUCAUUUAAGGCAAAAACCACCAUCAGGAUCAUCAAGACACACAAAGAAAAAAUAUUAUUUAGCAGACUAUUUGGACUUUCUCCUGCCGUUCACUAAAUCUAGGCAACAAAAGGGUAGCAUUCCAUCUCCCAAAAAUAUAAUUGAAGAAACAAAUAAUAUUUCGACUCAAGAAGAAUCUUCGGAUAUUGAGCCUCCUGAAAUACAUAAAAAAAAUGAUCUAAAUAGGGAUGCAUUCGAAGAAUCCUCUACUAAUGAACCUUUAUUAGUCACUGAAAAAAACCCGAAAAAAUUACCUUA